AUGAGGACGUGGACAGAAACCAACAAGGUGUUAAAAGGCAGCCGCACAGAUGCUGACAGCUGCGGCGUAGAAGAGUAUCCCUGCUCGGGCAUGCUGGGCAUGGUGUCAGGCUUGAUCACCGACAACCAGAUCACAGCGUCCUCCCACACAGACCGGAGCUGGGUACCAGAGAACGCUCGCCUGCUGACGAGCCGGACGGGGUGGACUCUGCUGCCCCAGCCCCAGCCCUUCACUAAUGAAUGGCUGCAGGUGGAUCUCGGCGAGGAGAAGCUCGUGAAGGGGUUUAUCAUCCAGGGGGGGAAGCACCGUGAGAACAAAGUCUUCAUGAAGAAGUUCCGUCUCGGCUACAGCAAUAACGGCUCAGAGUGGAGGAUGGUGUUGGACACCAACGGGAAUAAGCCGAAGAUAUUUGAAGGGAAUAGUAACUACGACACUCCUGAGCUGAGGACAGUGGAGUCCCUGCUGACGCGUUACAUUAGAAUAUACCCAGAGAGGGCCACUCCUGCUGGCAUGGGCUUGCGACUCGAGCUCCUGGGCUGUGAGAUUGAAGCCCCCACGCUGCCGCCGACCACGAUCGUCCUGAGCACGACUCCGUCGGACGAGUGCGACGACGACCAGGCGAGCUGCCACAGCGGCACAGGUGAUGACUACGACGUGACAGGUGCUAACAUCGCCCUCAUGAGACU